AUGAAGAGCUCCAUCCUUUUCUCUCUUGCGGCUCUCGCCGCCCACGUUAUCGCCCUCCCUACCCAGGCCGAGGAGCGUUCCGUGGCUCUUCCCAUUGAUAACAUGAACCUGGCUCCUCGCGUGGACGUCAGGCCCAAGCUCCGUCGGGGCAAGAAGCAGGAGGAAGCUGCCGACGGCGCGGACGAGGCCGACGGAGCAGUAGCCAAGAAGAACAAGGCCGCUGAGAACGCCGCCGCAGCCGGUGGUAACGGAGCAGCAGGUGGCGCUGGUGCUGGUGGUGGUGCCGCCAACAACAACGGAACCGCCAACGCCGGCGGAGGCAAGAAGAAGAACGGCAACAAGAAGGGCGGGAAGAAGGCCAAGGGGGCCAAGGCCCAGGGCAAGAAGAAGAACGGCAAGAAGAACAACAACGGCGGCGGCGGCGCUGCUAACAAUGGAACUGCCAAUGCUGGCGGCGAAAACGGCAACGGGGGCAAGAAGAACAACAACGGCGGCGGCGGCGCUGCUAACAAUGGAACUGCCAAUGCUGGCGGCGAAAACGGCAACGGGGGCAAGAAGAACAACGGCAAGAACAACAAUGCUGCUGACGGCGGCAAGGCUGCAAAGAACGCAAAGGGUCAGGGCAAGAAGAACAACGGUGCCGCUGGCGGUGGUGCCGCUGCUAACAACGGAACUGCAAAUGCGGGCGGCGGCAACAACAACAAUGGUGGCAAGAAGAACAACGACGGCAAGAAAAACAAUGAUGGCAAGAAGAAGAAUGGUAACAAUGGCGGUGCUGCUGCCGGCAAUCAGGCUGCAGGUGGCAACGCUAUUGAAAGCAUUCUCUCUAACAUCCUUGGUGGCGGUGCUGGCGGCAACAAUGCCAACAAAGCUGCUGGCGGACAGAACGGCCAAAACGACCCUCUUGCUCUCCUCAGUGGUAUUCUCGGACGUGACGAGGGUUCUGCUGAAUUAGUCGAUCGCCAAGAGACCGAGGCCGAUGCCAAUGACGAUGACGACCAGGAGUAA